GAGCGGAGGAGGAAGAAGGAGCGGAGGAGACUCCGACAGCAGCGGAGGUUCUGGACUCGACUAGCCGGAAAUGGGUCCGACUUACUGACCAAAGAGCGCUUCCUGUCCAACUGUUGUCAGUCACUGUUAGGCAUCACCUCCUGAACCAACAUGCGUAGAUUCAGUUCUGAGGGAUCCCUCUUGGAUCUCGACUUCCUGCCAUGGAAGUCAAAAGCUCUGAAAAACCCAGACUUUGGUGUCAGCCUGGAUUCUGAGACCUACACUCCUCACCUGGAGAGCGACGAACGAAACGCGAGGCUACCUGGUUUGAAUCCCGUCAUCCUGGAGCCCAAAGCGACUCCCAGUGAGAGGAGAGAGCUGAACCGGGAGCACAGCUUCAGUGUGGAGAACCUGACUGAGCUGGGAAAACUGAACCAGAACCUUCUCCAAGUGUGCUCCAUGAACGAGGGCUGCAGGGCUUACAGCGACAGCCAGCUGGCUCCAACUGCCCUAGAUAGCUGUGGAGGUGUGGAGCAUGAUGGGCACCCUCCACCGUCAGCUUCCUCCAACCUGUUCUCCAAAUCUCACCACACACACCAUCACAGAGCCAAACUGUCGGCUGCUAAACUGCACCUGAAGAGCCUGUUUGGACAGAGUCCACAUUCAUCCAACUCCAACUUGUCCAACAUCGAUCAGAGGGACAGUGCUACAGACAAGAGAUCUCGCCUGCACUUCAUGCAUCAGUGGAGUCAAGUUGGCCUCAGUAAGAAGAGGAAGUUCAGCCGAGAGGAGCUGGACAAGUGGGCCGAGUCUUUAAACACCCUCUUAGCCUGUCCAGCCGGUGUUUCCGUGUUCGGAGCGUUCCUGCGCUCUGAGUUCAGUGAGGAGAACCUGCAGUUCUACUUGGCCUGCGAGCAGUACAGCCAUUCGUCCAACAACUUCAGCCUGCAGAGAAGGGCCAAAGACAUCAGCGCCACGUACAUCCAGCCAGGAGCUCCACGUGAGGUGAACCUGGACAGUAAGACCAGAGAUCUGACCCUCCAGCUGCUGCAGGCCCCCUCCCGCACCUCACUGCUGCCGGCACAGAAGCGAAUCUACUCUCUGCUGGACACAGAUUGCUACCCACGAUUCCUUCAGUCCAACAUCUACCUCUCUUUGCUGGAAGAAGCAGAGUAGUAGACCUCCCAGUGGUGUUCUGUAACGUUGUAUAUUACAAGGUUAACGUACCAAGCAGCAGAACUGCUGUAAAAUAUAUGUAGAUUUGACUGAACACUUUGUAUUAAUGUCAGGGAUUUGGAUUAUAACCAGAAAGCAGCUGGACUGGGUUUUUAACCUCACUGUGUGGAGUGGAUCCAGCAGAACGGCUAAAGGCAUGAGGAGGACUAGAACCAAACACUCGGCUCGUCUCAUGGAAAAAAACAAGUCCGUUUUCCUUUAUCAGAACACAAUAACAUGAUCCGGUCUUCAUCAGCUUCUAAAACGAAUGAAAUCUAACUUAAAGUGAGCAGAAACGCAACAGAUUCCACAGAGUUGUUGUUUAUUAAACAAAAAAAUCAAAAUAAAAAAUUGUUUCU